UUCUUUUGAAUCGAUCUUUGGAAUUUGUUUAUCCCAAAAGUCAUGAAUGUCACUCUCAUCUCAUGAGAUAAACAUUCAUGAUUUGGCCUGCUUAGCUUGUGUUUGUUCUCAAUUGCUGCUUUCUCUCUAAACAUACAUACAAUCUCCUGAACCGCAGUUUCCAUCUAGAUCAGAUCCUUCAAUCCGAUUCCCCUUUCUGUUUUCCAUCUUCAAAUUCGAUCAAUUGGGAGAUCAGAUGCCAUUCAUCUCCUGAUAGAUCAAAUUAAACUAACAUCUUUGAAGAUCGGAUCGGAAAACUAACGAGAAUGGGCGGAUGCUGUACGUGCCAGAGGGUUCGGAUUGAGAGGUACGAUGGAUACAGAGUGGAAAAUGCGAAUUACAGAGUAGAGCGAGAGGUUGAGGAUGAAUAUGAACAUGAUGAUGAUCAUGGAAUUGUGGGAAGAGCAACUUUUGGGGCACAAGUCAGGUUGCAUGGAUCCUCUAAAUAUGUCUCCAUGUUUUCUCAACAAGGUAAAAAGGGAAUCAAUCAAGACGCCAUGACCGUUUGGGAGAACUUUGGAGGGCAGAAAGGUUGGUACUUCUGUGGUGUUUUUGACGGGCAUGGACCCUCCGGCCAUAAGGUGGCGCGUUACAUCCGCGACGGCUUGCCUUCAAAGGUUUCGAUGUCAUUGAAAGGAAAUAAUUAUUCUUGGGAUAGCAGCGCUGACAAUCUCCAAGGCGGCGACAUUCAGAAUCAUCCAUUAUUUAUCAAGUCCAAAUCCAAUAUAAUCAAGGCCUUUAAAGAUAUGGAUCAUGAAUUAGAAGGCGACUCUUCCGUUGAGAGCUACAGCAGUGGCACUACUGCCAUUACUGUAUUUAAACUGGGUGAAUAUCUGAUAAUUGGGAACUUAGGGGAUUCUCGUGCCAUAAUUUGCACAAGAAAUGAUGAAGGUGCCCUUGUUCCUGAACAGCUCUCUGUCGACUUGAAACCUAACCUUCCAAGUGAAAGGGAACGUAUCACAAGCUGCCAAGGAAGAGUAAUGGCGAUGAAGGAAGAGCCAAGUGUGUUCAGAGUGUGGAUGCCUCAUGAAGACUGUCCAGGGCUAGCCAUGGCAAGGGCUUUCGGAGAUUUCUGUUUAAAAGACUACGGCCUCAUCUCCACCCCGGAAGUGUAUUAUAGAAAGCUCUCCGACAAAGAUGAAUUCGUCGUUUUAGCCACUGAUGGGGUUUGGGAUGUGCUGAGCAAUGAGGAGGUGAUCAAGGUGGUUGCUUCCGCCAGGAAGCGAUCCGCGGCGGCGCAGCUGGUGGUGGAACGUGCGGUCCGGGCGUGGAAAACAAGGUACCCGUGUUCCAAGAUUGACGAUUGCGCAGUCGUGUGCUUGUUCUUCAAACGCCAGAGCUCAGUGCUCACAAAAUCCGCCUCGCAAAUCAUUGCUGAUGACGACUGCCCAACCAACGCCAAAACUGACGACGGCCUUGAUACUGUUCUCGACUACAAGGUUAAAGACGACGACGCAGGCGAACUGCUGAUUUCGCCGGCCACAUAACGGCGGCGCUACCUAACGUCGGUGCGAGAAGGUUGAGUAUUUGAGUGGAGACAGUUUUCUACAACUUGUUUAUCUGUCUGUAUGUACAGUUUGGCUGUCAUUUCAUCGAACACUUUGUCUUCUCCAACACACUGCUGAAACCUUUUAACCCGUUUAGGCUUUGAACAUUUGACAUCAUAGAAGAAAAUGGGAGGAUUCAUAUGUAUUUAUGUUUCAAUGUAGUCGAUUCCACUUGAGUAUAUAUCAUAUCAUAUAAUGUUACCUAUUUGGAAUAAUUCUUUAUAUGGUAUCAUCCGUCCCUCAAAAGUGGAUAGAUUUG